GACAGUCGCUACAAGGACGCAAAUUUGUGGUUUAGAGAGUUUCAACAUCGCCAGAGAUCUGAAGAGCCGGAAAAGAAAGGAAGAGUGCGCUGCGGAGAAACAAGUGAAAAGACGACAGCUGAGCAACCAAACAGAUGCCACCUGACCUAUUUCCAUUUCAAAUUUCAACAUCUGCAAUUUUUGCUGUUUGGUGUCACACAUUUUAAACCAUCUCCUCCUGCUGCAAGUGUCGGAUUAGUUUUUUAAAUAGAAAUUUCUUAUGUAAGCUUGUUUUGCAGAACCUCUUACUGUAUAACUUACAUUGCAAAUUUUUAAAAAAUCAGCAGACUUACUGUCCAUUUGACCAGGCUCCUAAUGCGACACUCAGUCUAAUGCUGCUUCUUUGGACUUCUCCUGAAAGUUGUGAAAGAAAGAAAUGUUUCAUGUUGUUGGGUGGAUGCCAGCUCUGUAACUAUCCUGGAACAGCUUGCCCAGAGUCACUGCUAUUUCAGGAGCACAAGUCUUUAGCUCUACAGUUGUGAAGAUGUCCAGUCCCAGAGCCUUUACUGUAUCCCGUGCUCUCAGCUGGUUCUUGGUAUCACCUAGAGUGAAUUGAACUGGUCUCUGUGGCAGUGGGGAUAUCAGCAUGCAGCAUGUAUAGAAUGUGUCAAAGCAAGAAGAUUGUCUGCUACUUGCCUCUGAUGGCUUUGAUCAUAGGGAUAUAUAAACUGUUUAGCAACCACCUACAACAUGGACCUUCUGUGGAUAUUCACUACCGAACACAGAAUAUUCCUUAUGACCAGACAGGAUAUGGAUUAUGGGAGUCUGUACAGCAACGUAUACACUAUACAAGGAAAGAGACUGUUGUCAGGCAGCUCACAAGAAAUGAUUGCACAUGUGAACAGGAGGGGGUGACAUUGAAGACCCUUCUCAACCAGGACUCUGUCUCUGAUCUGGAGUUAGCCUUUAAAGUAGGAGAGCGCCAAGAGGUGAAACAAAGGAGAGAGAAAGAGUAUCAACACUUUUUACAAAGGACGAAGAGCCCUGCUGAUGCUCUGCUCAUUGCCAAAGCAAACUCUCCUCUGCAAUACCCGAUUCAAGGAGUUGAAGUGCAGCCGAUGAAAACCAUUUUAAUACCAGGUCUGAGUCUGCAAGCAAAAUCGCAGCGUCUCUUUGUGGUGAGCCUGACAGCAUCUUUGGGGACUUUUGACGUGGCAGCUGAGGUCGAUGACGUGACAAUCGAAGGUGUUGGGCAGAUGCACCUGUCCCUCUUGAGCUCUCAGGUGGACAACCUGAACCGGCAGCUUCAGUUCGUCACCUACACCAACACCGUCUUCAACCCCAACACUGCUGAUACAGUGUUGUUCAAGACAACUGGACACCAGGCCGCAUUUACCAUCAAAAUUAGGCAUCCCGUGAUCCCGAAGCUUUAUAAUGCUAAGAGCCAAACAGGAUAUAACAUCAGUGCAUUGGUGACUAUAGCAACCAAAACAUUCUUAAGGUACGACAAGCUGAGGGAGCUGAUAUCGAGCAUUAGGAAGUUUUAUCCCAAUGUCACCAUUGUAAUCGCGGAUGACAGCAACAAACCACAAAAGAUUGAAGGACCAUUUAUUGAGCAUUACAUCAUGCCAUUUAGGAAGGGUUGGUUUGCAGGGCGGAACUUGGCUGUCUCCCAGGUCAAAACAAAGUAUCUGCUCUGGGUCGAUGAUGACUUCAUCUUCGCUUCAGACACCAAGCUGGAAAAGAUGGUGGAGAUCCUGGAGAAAACCACUCUGGACAUGGUUGGAGGCUCAGUGAGAGAGAUAACCAGAUAUUCAGCAACAUUUCAACAUAAACUAAGUGUGGAGCAGGGUGGCAAAGAGGGAGACUGCUUGAGAAUCCAGAAAGGAUACUACCACAAAGUGGAAGGAUUCCCCAACUGUGUUGUUACGGACGCCAUAAUUAAUUUUUUCAUGGCACGGACAGAAAAGGUGCAACAGGUGGGGUUUGACCCACACAUUACAAGACAGGGACACUUAGAGUUUUUCAUUGAUGGUCUGGGCACGCUCCACGUUGGCUCUUGCAGUGACAUCAAAGUUGAUCAUGCUUCCAAAAUCGUGAUGCCUUGGACAAAGCAAACCAAGAAUGACAAAAUGUACAAAGAAUCACGUUAUGUCCAGAGUACAGAAGAGGACGGCCAGACACAAGAAAAACAGCUUUACUUCAAGAACCGGCUUAAGUGCAUCAAGUGGAGCUAAUGUGGCGUCGGGUCCUCCAUUUGGUGGGGAAGGGAAGCACCUCAGUGUUUUAUCACUAAUUCUCAUCUCUUCCCACGGACACACAGCAGCUCACCCACAUUACCAUUAUCACCCAAAGCCCUCAUGGACAAAGUAAAUGCUGCUGAGGACUCAGAGUGCAACCUCACCUGCCUCAGGGCCUCUUCCAGUCCUAUAAAACCUGCAAAUGCAGAUGGGUGGCUAGAAGAAAGCAUCUUUACAUGGAAUUUCAAAGAAUGUACAGCGAAGAAUCAGAAGUUGGUGAAUGACUCCUGGUGCUUAUACUCCACACUAUACCCCUUCUACUCCAACCCCUUUGAUCUCUUUCUGUUCCUAUUCCCCCUUUUCUCUUUCACAAUCUUCCUCUUAAAUGUACCCCAUUUGCCGCAUCCACUCACUGCAUCCGGCAACCUCCUUGUGGGAUGUUAUUGAAUGCAAACAUGCCACUCUCACUGGCGCUCCCUCAUGUGCAUUGGAGAAUAUGUCCUCCACUGGAUUAGUUAAGCACGCUUCACCUUCCAUAAAUCACAUUGACUCUGCUCAAUCCAGUUAGCAUUUUCCAAGUAUUUUGAUAUCAGUAAUAUUUUCAAUGGAGACACAAGAAGUUGCAGAGGAUUGAUGACCCAGGCUAAUUGGGGAUGUGAGGUGUGAGGAAUAUGCAAAAUGGCUUCAAGGGGCUAUAUCCAGUUCCUUUUGGCUACAUUUCUGUUUUAGUGUAUACCUUGCAGUUCCAACACCAAGUACUGGUGUAACAUCUCAAUUGUGCUGUAUAACUUAGCUCUGUGAUUAAUGGUACUGUGGUUCUAAGUACAAAAUGCACAGCUGUGCCUUGGAAGCCAUCUUGGUGGCAUAGUGGCGCAGCCGAUCGAGCUGUUGCCUCACAAUUCCAGAGACCCGGGUCCAAAGCUGACCUCCUGUGCUGUCUGUGUGGAGUUUACACAUUCUCCCUGUGACCAAAUGGGUCUCCUCAAACAUCCCAAAGGCAUGCAGGUUAAUUGAACAUUGCAAAUUUCCCCUAGUGAAUACAUGAAUGGUAGAAUAUGGCUAGAGAUGGGGGGAGAAUAAAAGAUAGGAUUAGUAUAAGUGGAUAAUUCAUGGUCAGUACAGACUUGUUGGGCUGAAAGGUCUGUUUCUAUAGUCUAUCUCUCUGUGACUUUUUAAGAAUGGAACAAGACUUGAAUUAAUAUACAAGUCUAACAAAUUGCCAAAGGUUAAUUAUUCACAAGGUUGUGAAUGACUUAUUUUUGGCUUCUAUAUAUAGCUCUCUAACACAAAAUCCUGGUUGUAGCAAAUGUCCUUGUUUGAUUUUGCAAACACCUUUCAGAAUUCAGUAGUCCAGAACCAAGAAAUUUGUUGAGUUACAAAAUAAAGCCAAGUCCACAUUGACUUACUAGAGGUAGAAGGAAGCAGCAACUCACCAUGAUGAUAAUUGAACUUAGUAUGAAGUGAGAGCCAGCAUCUCAUCUGAAGGCAGCACCUUGGGACGUACCACACUGGGCGUAUCACCCUGCAUUAUAUGUGGAAGUAAGCACCUGUAUCAGGGAAUUGGACUUUCUCAGAUAUUGGCUUGGUUAAAUGGCUAGCACUUGGGUUGUGGUUCAGCUUCCAUCUGAGGAGGUGCGGUUGUCUGGGUGAAAUAUGUUUGUCAUAGAGGACUACAGCAUAGAAACAGGCCCUUCAGUCCAUCCAGUUGAUACUAAACUUUCUGCCUAGUCCUAUCAAUCUGCAGCUGGAUCAUAGCCGUCCAUACCCCUCCCAUCCAUGUGAUUAUCCAAAUUUCUCUUAAAUGUUGAAUUUGAACCCGCAUCCACCACUUCUACUUGUUCCACACUCUUAUCAUCUCUCAGUGAAGAACUUCCUCCUCAGCAUUCCCUUAAAUAUUUCAGCUUUCACCCUUUACCUAUGACCCCUAGUUCUAGUCUAUCCUAGCAGUGGAGAAAGCCUGCUUGCAUUUACCCUAUCAAUAGCCCUCGUAAUUUUGUAUUCCUCUAUCACAUCUCCCCUCAUUCCCCUACCAGCCAGGGAGUAAAGUCAAUCUUUCCCUAUAAUUUAGGUCCUAGAGUCCCAACGGCAUCCUUAUAACAUUUUCUCUGCACUCCUUCAGUCUUAUUUAUAUCUUUCCUGUAGAUAGGUGACCAGAAUUAUGGACAGUUAUAUGCUUUCAGUGUUUGUCUUGAAACACAGAGAGAACAUAAGAUUAGCGGGAAAUGCUUCAUCAUGUACCUUGUUGCAGUAGCCAAGAUCUACUGGCGGCCACCAAUUUCAAUUCGACUUCCCGUUCCCAUGCUGAUAUGCCAAUCCAUGGCCUCAUCUACUUCCACUCUGAGGCAAUGCUCAGGUUGGAGGAGCAACACCUCAUAUUCCACUUGGGUAGCCUCCAACCUGAUGGCAUGAACAUCGAUCUCUCUAACUUCCAGUAAUUUCUCCGCCCCCCCCCUUCUCUCCUUUACCAUUCCCCAUUCUGGUUACCUUCUCAUCCCUUCUUCUCACCUGCCUAUCACCUCUCCCCUAGUUUCUUCUUCUUCAGCACUUUACCUCCUUCACCUAUCCUCUUUCUUACUUCAUUCAGCUUCCCCCACCUACCCACCUUCCCCCUCACCUGGUCUCACCUAUCAGCUUGUGCUCCUUCCACUCCCCUCUCCUUCUUAUCCUGCCUUCUUCCCCCUUCCUUUCCAAUCCUGAUGAAGGUUUUGGCCUGCAACAUUGACUGUUUACUCCUCUCCAUAGACACUGUCUGACUUGCUAAGUUCCUCCAGCAUUUUCUGUGUGUCACUCAAGAUUUCCAGCACCUGCAGAAUCUCUUGCGUUUAUAAGAAAGUAGGAGCAGGAACAGGCUAAUUGGCCCCCUCAAGUCUGCCCCAGUAGUCAAUAUGAACAUGGCCUCAAUUCCCCUUUUCCACCAAAUCCUGCAAGCUCUCAUUUCCCUGUAUGUUUAAAUAUUAUCUACCUCCACUGAUGUGAUAGAGGGUUAUAAAGUGAUACCUUAAAUUGACUGAUGAAAAUGUAUGCACUGGUAACCAAAUAAUGGUGUUUAAAUUAUUAACAUGGAAAACUUCACAAAAUAAUUUACAAUAUUGAUGAUAUGUAAAAACUACCUGUGGGAAAAUGUUCUUUGAUUUGAAAUGCAAAAUUUUAUAUUGUAAUAAAAGUUUUAUGUUUAG